CUACACACCUCAUGCUGUGGUGUUGCUGGGGCAUAUAUCUUUUAAAGAAAAAGAGAUCAAAAGAGCAGUGCCCAAUUUCGAAUGCAUAAUACUGCCGCCGAGUAUCUUCAAAAUUCCACGAAGUGUCAAGGAUAAGUUGGGCCAUGCGCACACUUAUGUGGCGGCCGCAAGUAUGGCGACGUGCAUCAACAAAAAAGGAAUCGAUCCUCAGCCCGUCUACGCCGUUUCAGUCACCAUGAAAGGCCGCUGGUACACGCCCAAGGUGGACGAUGUGAACGAACGGAAUAUCGGCGCCUACGGUGUGUUCGAGCCGUGCGACAGGUUCAGCGGAUACGCGGUUCCUCAUAUUAUCUGCAAUAAAGUACAAUCGCAAUAUCGGAGAAACCUAGAGUUCAACGAUACAGGUCUAUUUAUGCAGACUUACGAUAAGCUACCUCGGAAUAAGCGGACCCUCGUCUUUGACAGUUCGGUUACCCAACUGAGAAAGAUCUGUGACGCCAGGUACAAAGACAAGAAGGUUGCCUACACCAUUGCAGCGUACGACGUUAACUACGAUUAUGCUCCCUCGUUGUGCCCGCUGGAGGUUCCAGGCCUAUUCAACAGAACGAAGAGCUACAAGAAGGUCAACCAAUUUCUCGCACACUUCAAUGGCACACACAAAGCAGACUGCCUUGACAUUAUUAAAGGAUAACGCCCUACACAUACCUCAUCUGUAUAUUACGUUAUAAGGCGUGCUUAGGUACAUCCUAUAUGAAUUAAUGUUUGAGGGAAAAGCUGGGGUAACUAGCAUUGCGAUCUUUUUUUUUAUGUGCGUUUCCGUCACUGAUGUAUGAUGUAGCACAAAAGGGAGAAGCAUAUUUCGCACCACAAUAAAACGUUGAUAGCGCAAAUGUUGUUCGCAAUAGGCGUUCUUGCUAUAUAAUAGAACAUUCAGUCAUUCCGCUAGAAACGAUAUACAGGUGAGGGAAGGGUAAUUCAUGGCGAUCUUAUCACUUCACUUUUAUUUUUACGGGAACAUGGUGCUUCGUUUCGCGACAGUAAAAAAUGACCUCCUAUUUAACCUAACAAUUUGUCUUACACUUUACAACGACUACACGUGACCUAUUUGUUAAAAGACAUGGAUGCAUCGCAUUUGCAGCAAGCUUAUUGGCUGUAUGGAAACUUGGAUUUAAAACUCUGCGGCAAGAUAGUGCGGUUGCUCUUACUGCGUGGAAACUUUGAUAAAAUGAAGCUGGAAAUAAUACCCACAGAAUGUCUCUGUGCAGUACAUUCUCUGUUGUGUGAACAACGGUUUACCAAAUAUUUAGGAAUAAUAAAAUUUCAGAAA